AUGAUCGGGGGGGCCGUGUGUGUGGCGAAGAGAGGGCGGGAAAUGGAGGCGGGGGCGACGGGCCGGGCGGGAGCAGGCCGCGCUGACCCGGCCAAGCAGCGAGGCAGACGGGGGGCUCGCGACACAAUCCCCGGCGUCGUCGCGGCGAGGGCUCCGGUCCCAACUCCGCACGGGCGACGACGAACGGCGGCGGCGGCGGCGGCUCAGCCCUCCUCGUGUGUGCGAGCGGAUCUCCUCCCACCCCAACCCCAACCCCAACCCCAACCCCAACCACCUCGCACCGCCUCAGCGCCAACCCCACGCCGGCGCGGAUUGACCCCUCCCCGCCACCCGUACCUUCGCCUCGGUAGUUCCCGGUCCUGCCCGUCCGCGUUGCCGGCUACGAAGCGCGGCGGCGGGCCGAACUACGAGUCCCGGCAGCACCCGCGCGAUACCCCCACCCUCACCCCCGCUGCGGUUUUCCCGGGGGCCGACGGGAGUCGGAGUUCGGAAGCCCGGAGCAACCGGAAGCGGCUCGGGCUCCCGGCAGGCAGCGGGAGGAGGCGGAGGUCUCGGCGUCGCUCGGCGGCCCCACCUGUCACCCGGUGGGGGCGGGGCGGCGGCGCGUCCUCGCGCGACUCUGCGGCCGCCGGGGUGGUCCUCGCCGCGGUCCUGCGCUCCCGCGGCGCCAGCGGUCUGAAUGGAAAUGCAGUUUGGACCGAAAUGACCCAAGAGACUGGCAUCAAGCAGCAAAGAAGCAGAAACAGAGGGUCUAAGUACAAAGAAGACCACAGCGGGCGAGGUAAGAAAGUGAAAGGAACAAAUGCAAUUCUCUGGACCUGUUUGGGCCUGAGCUUGAUAGUUUCUUUGACCAUUUUCGUGUUUAUGUUCUUGCUAAGGAAGAUGAAUUCAGAACCAUCAAAGGACGAAUGUAAAAACACAGGAUCGGCUCUCCAGAACGAGGCGGAUGCUGACCAGGAGAAGGGCCGUGAUAGCAGGACCGGUGAGGAAAUUCUCUCGAGGGGCCUGGAGUACACAGUAGAAGAAUGUACCUGUGAAGACUGUGUCAAGAGCAAAUCAAAGGUGGAUUCUGACCAUUUCUUUCCACUCCCAGCUAUGGAGGAAGGUGCAACCAUUCUUGUCACCACGAAAACAAGUGACUACUGUAAUAGCCUCCUGGCCAGUGUCACAGAGAUGGAGAAAUCCAUUUUUACCAGAUGAUUAACCAUUUCAACUGGUCAGAGCUGCUUUGAGAAUCUUAACGUCAGAAGGAGUAAUCUCUUUAGGAUGAUUGUACUUAUCAGUUGCGGAUAGAGCUUUUUGUCUUAAUUCUAGAAAAUCUUUAUGUUAGAUGUACUUCCCUACCUUAUUGUUGGGAGCUUACCUGUGGAAAUUUCCUUGGUUUCAUGAUUAAAUUCUUGACUUACUGAAACAAAGCACUGCAGUGUGUAGAUCCCAUAGUCCCACA